GUGAACGGAGGCAGCCAGCGUUGGCCUCUCGCAGAGGCGUCUGGGACAGCGCCCUCGCUUUCCCAGAAUCCUCCUGGGCAGCAGCUUGUUGCGGGGCCUGGCUAAUGGCGUGGUUGCUGACCCGGUGGGCGGGAUGGGCACUACGGCCCUGCGCAGCCCGAGCCGGCAGGAGCUUCUCCGUGGGUGUGCCGGAAACGGCCCCCGUGAGGACAACCCUCCCGCCCCCGAAAGUAGUGGAUCGAUGGAAUGAGAAGAGAAGCAUGUUUGGGGUGUAUGACAACAUCGGUAUCCUGGGAAACUUUGAACAUCACCCCAAGGAUCUGAUUAAAGGGCCCAUAUGGCUCAGGGGCUGGAAAGGGAAUGAAUUGCAGCGAUGUAUCCGUAAGAAGAAAAUGGUGGGAGAUCGCAUGUUUGUGCAGGACUUACACAACCUGAACAAGCGGAUCAAAUACCUCUACAAACAGUUCAAUAGAAAGGGCAAGCACCGCUAGAGGAGAAGGCUUCUCACGAUAGACACCUCCAUCCCCCACCUGGCACCUUUCAGGACACCUCGGGUAGGGAAACUCCUCAGUGUGGAGAAAGCCAUGUAAUGUGUUUAAUAAUAAAAUUGGUUAGCUAGGCA